AUGUUAGAAGAGACAGAGAGACCAACAAAGCUUCGUCGUCUCUGUGAUUCUGACACAACAAAGAAGAGCUUGAAGCUGAUAAUGGAUUUCUGGUACUUACCAAAGGAGAAUGAGCUUAAUCCCCAAGGUGAGGACUCGCUUUUCAUCUGUGAUGAAGAGCAAGUUUUUGGUGUGGCUGAUGGAGUUGGCGGUUGGGCCAAGAAGGGAAUCGAUGCCGGAAAAUAUGCUCGAGAGCUUAUGUUAAAUGCUGCAAUGGCGGUUAAAGAUGGAUCCAAAGGUUCUGUUAAUCCAUAUACUGUGUUAGAAGAAGCCUACUCCAAAACCAAAGCUUUAGGGUCUUCCACUGCUUGCAUCGUAGCCUUGACAGAUGAUAACUUCUUGCAUUCCGCAAAUGUUGGAGAUAGCGGAUUCAUGGUUAUCAGAGGGGAUAAUAUCAUCUACAAGUCUGAAGCGCAACAAUACCGAUUUAAUUGCCCACUUCAACUAGGGAAUCAUCCUCAGUGUGACAGACCCAGUUCUGGUUAUGAGUUCAAGGUUGCAGUUGAGGAUGGAGAUGUCAUUGUUGCAGGCACUGAUGGACUAUUUGAUAACUUAUUUGAAGAAAAUAUUAUUGAGAUUGUGAAGGAAGUGACUGGUUGCAUUGGUAUAUAUCCAUACAGGGUGGCUCAGAUGAUUGCUGAGUCUGCAAAGAUCAGUUCUGAAUACAAUUUUCUUCCCACUCCAUUCUCACUUGAAGCAGAGAUGGCUGGUUACUUGCAUUCUGGUGGGAAAAUUGAUGACAUUACUGUUCUUGUUGCCUUUGUAAUCUCAUCACCAUUGGCUUGA